AUGGAUAUUGAUGGUGAAAGAAAAGGAAGAUUUUCUAAUAAAGAAGAUAGAGAUAAAGCAUACCAAUCAAGAAGAAGACAAAAUCAAUGUGAAAGAUGUGGAUUAAGAGGUCAUUUUAUAAGAGAAUGUCCAAAUCCGGGAAUGAAAAGAGGAAAUAAAAAUAUUAGAGUACGAGUUAAUGUACCACCAGAAAAAUAUGUAAUGGAUAUGUAUAAUGAAAAAGCGAACAUAACAUAUGGACAAAUUUAUAAUGAAAAUCCAAAAUUUAGAAGAAUAGCUAGAAAUUAUGAUGAAGAUGAUAAUGCAUGACUACACUCGG